GAGUCAAGCCUCAUCCCCAUUAUUUGAUCCAUCUCUCUGCAAAACAUCUUCAGAGUUUCUUUCUUUCCAAACAUCCAUGGAUCCAACUUCUCACCACAGGCCCGGCUCUCACCCCCAGAAGCACCACCAACCAUCCAGCAGUGAGCUCCUCUCAAGUGCCAAGGUAGUUGCAGAGGCAGCCCAAGCCUCCUUCCACCAUGAAUCUGAGAAAGUGGACAAAUCCAGGGUCGCAGGCGCAGCAGCUGAUAUUCUGGGCGCCGCCUCCCACUAUGGCAAGCUGGAGGAGAAGAGCUUUGGGAAGUAUGUGGAGAAGGCUGAGACUUAUCUCCACCAGUACCAGUCCUCCCACUCCACCACCACAACCAUCAAUUCUGGCCACUCAACCACCAACACCACAGAGACACAUUCCUCCUCACACUCCGGUGGUGGUGACAGCCAUUCUGGAGGUGGGUAUGGUGACUACUUGAAGAUGGCUGAAGGUUUCUUGAAAAAGUACUGACCCCAAUUCCCUUUGCUUGUCCAACCUGUGUGAUGUGUUGUCUUCUGCUUUGUUUUACUUUGUUUCAGCCUUUCUAGACUGUAAAUCUUGGUGUUAAUCAGUAUGAAAUGGGCCAUAUAUGUAAUUGUCCCAAAUUUCAGAUACUAGUGUUGAACCAUCGUAUCUUAUAAGUAAAUAUUGUGGUUAGUUGUUCUUAGAAUCUUAAUUGUUUUCAAGAUCUAUAAGAAUGGGUAGUUGAAUUGGAUAAA